AUUGGUUGAGACUCUCCGGAGACUGCGCUCAGGCUGGCCAGCGUUACUGUAGGGGAAGGGAGAAGGCGCUACGCACUUCCUCCAGACGGAAGCGAGCUACCGACUCUACGUCCCCGCCCCACUAGGUUCCCAUCUCCCGCGCCUCGCAGAAAGCGGCUGUGACCCACCGGAAGUAAUUCCUCCGGCUGCCCCGGAACCCACGGGGGCAGGGAGCUGGGGGUGGGGGGGCGGCCCUGGAGUAGGGGCUGUGGCGGUACGCGGGGACCCGGCUGCAGUGGCUGCGGCGCCUGCGAGGCUGACGAGAAGCUACUAAAGUUCCUGGGGAAGAAAAGUAGAAUUUCCUAAGAACAUAAUGGAUGGAGAAGAGAAAACCUAUGGUGGCUGUGAAGGCCCUGAUGCCAUGUAUGUCAAAUUGAUAUCUUCUGAUGGUCAUGAAUUUAUUGUAAAAAGAGAACAUGCGUUAACAUCGGGAACAAUAAAAGCCAUGUUGAGUGGUCCAGGUCAGUUUGCUGAGAAUGAAACCAAUGAGGUCAAUUUUAGAGAGAUCCCUUCACAUGUGCUAUCAAAAGUAUGCAUGUAUUUUACCUACAAGGUUCGCUACACUAACAGCUCCACGGAGAUUCCUGAAUUCCCAAUUGCACCUGAAAUUGCACUGGAACUGCUCAUGGCUGCGAACUUCCUAGAUUGUUAAAUAAAAUAAAUUAUAAUAAUAAACUGUUAAUUUUUUCAGUAUUUAAUACCUGUAGUUCAGUUAGUAAUUUUUUCCUAUAUAGCAUGUUGCCUGUAUGCAAUUGAACUAUAAAGUUCAUUGUAAAGCAGAUUAUCUUCUGUUUUUUGCAUAGCAAUCAGGGUUGAAAUUUGUUUGCUACAUCAACAAAUUAAGGACAUUUUCACAAACAGAAAUAAACAAAUAUGCCAAUUCGUAGGUGGUUUUUCCUUAUCCUUUGGAUGUGACUUUUAAAAGUAGAGCAAUGAUGAUACAGUAAAUUUUGAAAUUUAGACAUAAAUGAACACAUACUACAGGUAAAUAAUGGGGCUAAGUAUUUUUAUGUUUUUAGUGUUUUUUAAAAAACCUAUUCUGAUCAUAUGGCCGCUCUUAGCAUUACUAGAAUUAUGCAAAUAAUUGCAUUAUAAACAUAUUUAUAACUUAGCCAAAACAUUGAUUUUUAUAACUCUUCAAGAAUAAGAGUUGAAAUUUCUUAUGUCUUUUGAUAAACUGCAGUAUUGUUUAAGUGUAUCUUGUCAUUUUGUUUAUUGCUACAAUUUAAGAACUUUAUUUAAAAGCAAUUUUGGAAGGUUACUAGGUACAGCUUAUGAAGCAGUAACUGAACCGUAGCCGAAUGGUCAACAAGUAAACUACAUGACUUAGACUGCUUGUGCAUUGUGCAUUUUGGACAAUUCAAAGUACUGUAUUUUCAUUGACUAUAAAGCUUCCUUUGCAAU